UUCUUUGAAGGAUGGAUGCGUAUGGAAACUGUCUUCUACCUUUAGUCUCUAAUGUAAAGAAAACUGAUCAAAUAUCCAACUUUAAUUUUCCUUUAAAUUCAGUCUGAUAAAAGCACUUUUUUAAUCAUAUUCCUUAAAUAAUUACACAGUUCCCUCCCGUCUCCCUCAGCUUCCAGAGCAUGUGUGUUUUGUCAAGUGGAAUGUAAUAAUCAGGCGAGGCUCUUUGUGUAAGGCUCUCAUUACCAAUGAUUAACACAGCGUCUUUCUCCAUGCCUCUCAGGAAACAUGGUGAGCAAGGAGGGUGGCAAAUGCAUGCUCACCAACUCAGAGUCUGACUCGGAGGCGGCGCCCUUGCCCUCCACCUCGCUGGCGCUGGAGGUGAAGUAUUCCCUGGAAGCCAGUCGACAGGUGAGGAAGCGAAACAAGGCCCUGCAAGUGCGUUUCAAGGACAUCUGCGAGGCGCAGAACGAGCAAAGGGAGGCCGAGUUGCAGGCAGCCGGGAAAGGUGGCAAGCCAAUGUCAUACAAAGUGGCGUACCGCAAGUACAUGACCGUCCCCGCCCGCAGAUCCAUUCCGAAUGUCACGAGGAGCACGGGCGUCCAGACGUCGCCUGACCUGAAGAAACGCUACCAGACCUUUCCCUUUGAGCGCAAAAAAGGCCACACCUUUAAACACAUGGCGGCCGUGGAAACUUAUAAAGGUCAGAAUAACGGUUUUGUCAUGGAGGUGAAGCAGUCCAAGGCAGCUGAGCGGGGUUUAGAUGAGGAGGAGGAGGGAGCCUGUGGGGGGAGCGGAGUCCUGAGGACCAGGGCUCUGCUCCAUACUAAUGAGUGCAUUGCCACAGUGGAGCAGCACACUGCACCUGAUGGCCUGUGCUCUGACGCUCUGCUGCUCAGUUGCACUGCAGACACAGACUGCCUUGCAGACACACCGAGAGGAAGCGGAGCCGGAGCACAGGCAGAGUACCAGCUCUGCAGUAUCCCAUCCAAAGCCAGAACAGGAUUACAACACAGGGAGGCCGACGCGGACCGCUCGGCCAAGAGGCAGCUUCUCAAUCUGGAGGAGGGCUCGUCCCGAACCCUGCCGGACAGGGCCUCCAAGGUUACGGGCCCCAUCGCCUGGAACUCCCUCACACAGGUGGAGUGCCUGGAUAGCCCAUCUGUGCGGAGCAAGCGGAAGAAAGGCCUGCAGCUCAACGGGCUCUCGAGCGAGACGUUACCAAGAUCCAGCGGAGGCUGUACAACGCAGGCACAGUGCCACACAGGACAGCUAUCUGCCCGGCCUAUACGGGGCAUGGAGGAGCCUCUGUCACCCUGCAUAGGCGGCGAGGCAGACAGGGCACCCUCCGACCAAACACAGGAAGCCUGUAAGCAAAUAGUGCCUAUGAAUCAAGACGGGGAUGUUAAAGCACAGCUCCAGGCCAUGGAAAAUCUCAUCAGCUCCAGCCAAGAGACCAUCAAGGUGCUGCUGGGGGUUAUCCAGGAACUGGAGAAGGGAGAGGCCCACAGAGAAGGACUCUCCUAUCGAACCGGACAGGACACGGCCAACUGUGACACAUGCCGGAACAGCGCAUGCAUUAUUUACAGUGUGGAACUGGACUUCAAGCAGCAGGAGGACAAGCUACAGCCGCUAAUGAAGAGGCUUUGUCCUACGGAGGACUCCCACUUUCCCCCCCUGCCUUACCCCCAGGAGGCCUUCACCUCCACCCCGAAACGCAAGUCCAAAGCUGACUCCAAGAAGCACGCUCGCUGGAAACUUUGGUUCCUGUGA